AUGGUGACGACGUUCGUUGAACUCUACGCCGUCUCAAUUUAUGCGUCACGGCUGCAGGCACACCCCACAAUGUCGGUGACGCUUUCAACCUUUUCUCCAAGGAGAUCCAGGAAGAGGAAAGUCCCCACGGUGUCCACCCUCAUCCUGAACGCCGUUUCCUCGUACGGGGGCCCGCGCGGCGUGUCCCUGGUAGCCCUCAAGAAGGUGCUGAAGGCCAGCGGCUACGACGUAAUCAGGAACAGAGCCAGGAUCCGCCUCACUCUCCGGAAGCUGGUGAUGCAGAAAUACAUCCUGCGCACCAGGGGAAAAGGAGCAUCUGGAUCCUUCAAGAUCAACCGCAAACCGCCGGCUGGUCGCAGGGGGAGGGGGGCGAGGAAGGGCAGGAGGAGGAAAAGGGGAAGGAGGAGGAAGGCCAGAGAGGGGAGAAGCAAGACCAGGAGGAGUCGCUCCAGGAAGAGACGCAGAAGUGCCACUCCUGGGAGAAAGAGGUCAGCCAAGAGGAGGAGGAGAAGGGCCCCGAGAAGAAGAGCCAGGAAAGCCAGGAGGGUCAGACGCAAGAGUGUUAAACCCACCAAGACCCGCAGGAGGAGGAGGAGGAGAAGGAGGAGGACGAGCAGGGUGUAAAACGUGACCCCCAAAGAAGGUCCAGGCAUCCUUGAAAGCACAUGGACUAUGUA